CGGGUUUGAACCUAGGGUGGGGGAGGCUGCGUGUUUCCGGAAGACGUGGCGGCUCUCGCCUGGGCUGCUUCCCGGCUUCAUUCUCUCCACUUCGCUCCACACCCAGGGUACUCCGAGGUGCUGUUGUCGCGGUCCUCACCUCUGCAGCCAUGAUCUCGUUAACGGACACACAGAAAAUUGGAAUGGGAUUAACAGGAUUUGGAGUGUUCUUCCUAUUCUUUGGAAUGAUCCUCUUUUUUGACAAAGCACUACUGGCUAUUGGAAAUGUUUUAUUUGUGGCUGGCUUGGCUUUUGUAAUUGGUUUAGAAAGAACAUUCAGAUUCUUCUUCCAAAAACAUAAAAUGAAAGCUACGGGAUUUUUCCUGGGUGGUGUGUUUGUGGUCCUGAUUGGUUGGCCUUUGAUAGGCAUGAUCUUUGAAAUUUAUGGAUUCUUUCUCUUGUUCAGGGGCUUCUUUCCUGUGGUUGUUGGCUUUAUUAGAAGAGUGCCAGUCCUUGGAUCACUCUUGAACUUACCUGGAAUUAGAUCGUUUGUAGAUAAAGUCGGAGAAAGCAACAAUAUGGUAUAACAGCCAUUGAAUUGAAGACUCAUUUAAAAUAUUGUAUUAUUUAUAAAAUCCUUUGAAGAAUAUUCAGCACAAAAUUAAAUUACCUGAAAUAGCUUGUAAUGUUCUUUACAGAAGUUUAAAAUGUAUAGCCUACAAAGUACCAACAGCAGUUAACAAAGAAGCAAUGAAAACAGGCUUCUAACCAAGUCAUCUAAGAGGUCAGCAAGCAAACCGAAGGAGGUGAAAUCUAUGUUACAUGUGUAUUGAAACUUUUGAAGGCCAUUUUUAUUAUUUUUCCACAAUGUGCGAAACACAGCCAUCCUUAGAGAACUGUAAUCCCUAUUUCUUUCCUUUUUAUGUUGAAGAUGCAAGCAUACCCGUAGGCAUUUGCUUUUUAGAAGUGUCCACUGCAAUGGCAAAACUAUUUUCAGUUGCCCUCUGUCUCUGAAAAUGAUGCAUGAGUUAGAUUGGAUUAUGUCAUUUUAAUCUAUUAAAACCAGGNCCUUUUUUUUUUUUUUUUUUGGUAAGCAUAUGAUUAAAAUAAAACUUUCUUUUUUUUUUUAAUAAAACUUUCAUGGUUCUUCUGAAUCUGAAUAUUUUAAAACCAGAUGAAAAUCCAACCUAGAUAUUCUUUGUUGGAAUGUUGCAAAGGUCAUUCUUUACUAGCUUACAGUUUCUAAGUUACAGCUCACUCAGCACUUUUUCCUUCAGCAACACACUCUGGAAAUCCUGAUAUUUCUUGGGACUCUCAUCUGAGCAUGUGUAUCUUUCAUCACGCAUGAGCAUUUAACAGAAAGCCAUCUCGGCCAUGAAAGAGUCUGUUACAAAGCUUGUUUCAUUGAAUGGUGUGUUCUUCAAGAUACCAAGCGAGAUUUUUCCAUGUCAUGAUCCAGUGUUUCCUUUUAUUUUUUUUUUUUAAUUUUAGCAGUGGUUUAUUAUUUUGCUUUUCAUACAUUAAAAUAACUACUGGUAAUUUUUACUUUAAGAUGUAACACGUUAUAAGGUUAAACUUACAGUUGUUUUUUUAAGGGCUGUUCACAGAAGCCAAUUUUUCCCUUAUUUUCAGCUUUUUUCACUAUGCAUAAUGUGUGUUUCAUACACUCGCUCUUCAUCUUGAGUUCGUGGAGAGAAUAUCUGAGUUCACACGCUAGAGUUAUUUUACCGUAAUUAAACUGGCUAUAGUUCUGCAAAAUGUGACACUACAAAAAUGAUGUGUUGUUUUCUCCACUGUUGCUGCUCGACAGGCAGUAAGUAGGAAGCUGCGGUGGUUUCCUCAGUAGUAGUUUUCCAAGGAGACACCCUUUUGUAGAUGUAGGAAGCCAUUUCAAGAGUCAUAGUACUAUUUGUUUUACUACUAAUGAUUGUGGUAUUUACUCAUUUUUUUAACAGUUGCAAAGCUUUUUAAUACAUAAAAUCAUAAUUGAAAUUUGUGAUUUUUAUUUACAAACGUGUCUACAAGAUACAUUAUUGCCUAUGUUAUUAGUAGUUAAAUCUCUUGAUGCACAGGGAAGUCCCAUCCUUGCUCAUCUAAAGAAAGAACGACUUGGUAGAUAGUCUUAACGGUUCAGCCUUGUGGAUUACUGUCUUUUCGGUACUGGCAUUUGACUUAUGACAUAAUCUGUGAACAUAGAUGAUAUUGACAAAAUGAGACUCCUACCUCAAUAGUUCAUGGAAUGAUAAGAAACAUUUUGUUGUCUAAUGUUCUUCAAAAAAGUAGUAUCCUCACUUGGAGAGUGUCAAAUAUCUACAUACUUGGGGGACUGACUUAUAUAAGUUGCCCUGUGGGACUCUGUUAUACAUAUUUUUGACUGACCCAUAUUAUUUACAGUGUCUAGAUAAAUCUACCUUUUUUAGAGCAAGAACAGUAUCUGUUAAUGUAAGGAGCAUCUAUAUUAUUUAACUCCUUUGUAGACAUGAAUUUCUAUCAAAAUGUUCUUUGCACUGUAGCAGAGAUCUCUUUUUCAACAAUCUUGUUUCAGAAAACAUUAUUAGACAGAAGUGUAUAAAGGAUGUGAUAAUCUCCCAAUAAGAAUGAGAGGCUUGGAGCAGUUUUCAGUUUUAUCAGAUGUGAAUUUGGGACUGCUUGGCAGCAUUGUAUGUUUCUUAGAACCAUUGAUGAGGCUCUAUUUUUAAACAUAACUUGUAUUCUGACAGAAAACACUGUACAUCAUAUUUUCUUCCUUUCCAAAAUUAGUCUUCUGUCUGUGACAAAAAAAAGCAUCAGUUAUUGCUAUAAAGGUGGAAGAAAAGGUCUAAUACUACUUAGCCUUAAGUGUUUCUGGCAUUGUUCAAAUCUAUUUUCUGUAACAGAAACCUAUUUGGAAUGUUUUUCUUUUCCCCUUAUACAUUGUAAUUCCUGGAAUACUGCUGCUUUUAAAAGUCUCACAGAUUAUAUGAUCUAACAAUUGAAUAUUGUAAAUACACUUGUCUUACUUCUCAAUAAAAGGGUACUUUUCUAUUAA